UUUAUUACCUGCCAGUCCCCUCUGGAAAGAGCCUCCAUGGAAUUCAUCACCUACAGUGUUUGUUUCAGGAUUCAAGAGAUGAACGCAAUGAGACGGGAGGCAGCAGGAUGAGUAAAUUAAGAAGGACAAGAAAGAAAGUCACUAAAUCACAUAUUUCUUCAACUGAAAUAGGAGAAAUGGAUAUGUCCAUCUCAAAAGAAAGGAUCAAAGAACAAAUGGUGUGUCACACAUUAGGGGAUACGAGCAACCCAGCUGUGGGACCUGGCUCUGAUGAAUCGCAUCCGCAAGAUGACAAGGACUCCCAGGAUCAUACAGCAGAGAUGAAACCCUCACCCCUCAAAACAUCAGCCAGGGCUCCUGGUAAUGAAUUCAACCCAGACUCCAGCUGUACUGAUGACACUGGGGACAGCACACAAAUUCUGAAGGUACCUCACCUCUCCUCUAGAAGGAAGCACAUUAAAAAAGAGUUGGCCAAAAAUCACCUUCAGUUUGUGCGAUUUGAAGCAACAGAUCUCCAUGGGGUGUCCAGGUCUAAGAGUAUCCCUGCACACUUCUUCCAGGAAAAAGUGACCCACGGAGUUUUCAUGCCCCGAGGCUAUCUCGAAUUGAUGCCGAGUCCUAAGGGCCACGAAGUGGAUCACAUAAGAGCCACAUGUUUCAACAGUGACAUCGUCCUGAUGCCCGAGCUGUCCACCUUCCGGGCGCUGCCAUGGGCCGAGAGGACGGCGAGAGUGAUCUGUGACCCGUUCACGGUCACGGGCGAGCCCCUGCUGACGUCCCCGCGGCACAUCGCCAAGCGGCAGCUGCGCCAGCUGCGGGGCGCGGGCUUCUCCCUGCUCUCUGCUUUCCUCUACGACUUCUGCGUUUUCGGGGCGCCCGAAGUGAUCAAUUCCAAGACCAUAUCCUUUCCCGCUGCAACCUGGUUCAACAACCACGACCAGCCCUUCAUCCAGGAGCUCGUGGAUGGUUUGUGCCGCACCGGAGCCCAUGUGGAGAGCUUCUCCUCCUCGACCAGGCCCGGGCAGGUGGAAAUCUGUUUGCUGCCCGAAUUUGGCAUCGGUUCAGCCGACAACGCGUUCACCCUCAGAGCAGGCGUCAGAGAAGUGGCCCGGAAAUACAAUUACAUCACCAGCUUUUUCAUCGAGACUGGCUUCUGCCAUUCAGGAAUCUUCUCUCACAGCCUCUGGGAUGUGGGAGGGGAGAACAAUCUGUUCUGCAGCAGCCCCGGCCCCGGGCCGCUCUCCGCCGCCGGGAGGCGAUGGGUGGCCGGACUCUUGAAGCACGCGGCCGCGCUCAGCUGCCUGCUGGCUCCUGCCCGCAGCUGCCGGAAACGCUACUCCAAAGAGAGCAAAGAGCAGCAGGAGAGCGUGCCCACAACGUGGGGCUACAAUGACAACAGCUGCGCCUUUAAUGUCAAGUGUCACGGGGAGAAGGGCGCCCGGGUAGAAAACACGCUGGGCUCUGCCACGGCCAAUCCUUACCUGGUGUUGGCCGCCACGGUGGCAGCAGGUCUGGACGGACUUCAAAGCCGCGAGGGUGCCCUGCCUGGCCCCGAGGAUGAUGACAGCCCUGAGCUCUACCCGUCAAAGCCUCCUGAGAUCCCUUUGAAGCUGGAAGAUGCCCUUGUGGCGCUGGAGGAAGACCCAUGUCUGCGACAGGCUCUCGGAGAAACUUUCAUUCGGUAUUUCGUUGCCAUGAAGAAAUAUGAGCUGGAAAAUGAAGACACAGAUGCGGAGAGAAAUAAAUUCCUGGAGUAUUUUAUUUAGCAUGGAUUCCCUUCCCGAUUCCUUUAGAGAUGUGGUUUUGUGACUUCAGUGGCCGAGCUAGCAGAAAGAAAAGAUUGCGCGUUUGUAAUGAACAAGAAGAUUACAAGUGCUGUCGCUCUUCUAUUUUGUUGCCAUGGAAGUGGGCUGCUGAGAGGACUCUGAUGACAAUAAAGUUGCCGUGAGGCUGUGCUACGCAAACUCACCAUGUCUUGUCCAGGGGGUCAUCAUUUCCUGUGUAUGUUGACCUCGAUCAAAUAUUCAGUUUUUUUUUCAGGCAACAUGUAUAUUCACACAAUAAACAUGUCUUAAGAAUUAGAAAGCAAAAUUUAAUCACUUAAACAAUAAUUUAAAUCAUACAGAUAGGUUGUGACUGCCAGGGAGACAAAUAGACUGGGAGUAUAAUCUCACGAAUCAAGACAUACUGGGGAUCUAUUUUGCAAGCCUCAUCGUGAUGUUUCCAAAUAAGUUAAAAUAAGUUUGGCAAAAAUAUGUCAUGAUGACAAGUCAGCAAGAGCGUUCCCAUAUGUCCCUUCUCUUUUUACCCUUCUUCAUCAGCAACUCCUCAAAGGCCAAGGAACUUCAAGGCUAUAAGGUCCGCAAGAAAAAAAAAUCCACAAGAAAUAGAAUUCAGGCUGGGAAUGAUGAGGCCGAGUGUUUAAAACCAUAUUUGAAAACAAUGCCUCACCUAGAAGCCCGAUCUAUAAAGCAAGGUGGAAUGGGUAUGCGUGUGGGCGUGGGUGGGCUCUGUGUGCUUUGCUCCCUUCUUUGAAACUAGAGAUUUCAAAGAUACCGCUGGUGCUUUGUGAAGUGUGAGAACAACUGCCUAGAUAAUGAGGGCUAUGUUUGCAGCUUAAAUUUGUAUUUAAAUGACUGAUUCUGCUGCCCACAGAGGUUGGUGUCUCUCUAGAGAAUAUUUGUUCCGGACCUGAAUGAGAUAAUACUGUAACUAUCACUAAAGGUUAGCUUCUUUUGGGAAAAAUGCCAACAUCCACUUACCAGCAAAUGAAAACCCUAUUCUAGUGCUCAGGAUCAAACAGGAGAUUUGUGUGCAAUUAAAACUGACUGUGUUCUCGAUUUAGAUAGCAAACACACGAGCUGAGGAUUAGAAUUUGGCUCAGACUCUCCUAUUCAACUUUGUAGUAGAGUAGCCCCUUCUUAUCUGUGGGAUUACAUUCCAAGACCCCCCAGUAGGUGCUGAAACUGAGGAUAGGCCUGAACUCUAAAUAUACUGGGGGUUUUUUUUCUGUACAUAGAUACAUAAUUUUUCACUUAAAGGAACCACGUUCUGCUUCUCUUUAGCAUAUCCAAAUGACAGCAUCACUACUCUUGAGCUUUGGGGCCACUAUUAAAUACAAUGAGGGUGACUUGCACACAAGUGCUGUGAUACUGUGACAGUUGAUCUGAUAACACACAGGGCUACUGAGCGACCAAUGGGUGGCUAGCAUGUACACCAUGGAUAUGAUGGACAAAGGAAUGAUUCAUGUCCUGUUCGGAGAGAGAGGGACAGCGUGGGAUUUCAUCACGCUAC